AUGGACAGUAAUUAUCGAAAAGAGCUGGAGAUUGCCUUUGAUGUCUUACAGAAAGCUUCAAGUCUGAGCCAGACUGUCGUUUCCGCGCAGGACAAGGCCGGAAUCGAAAAGGACGACCUGAGUCCGGUAACGGUCGCCGAUUUCGCAGUGCAAGGACUGCUGGCGGCGACGUUUAAAGAAGCGUUCCCCGACGACAAUUUUGUGGGAGAGGAGGAUGCAGGGCACUUGCGGGCAAACGAGGCGCUCCUCGAGCGCGUGUGGGAGCUGCUAAGUACGGUGCCCCGCGACGGGCUCACCAAGGUGCCGGACUCUAAAGAGGCGUUGUGCAACCUCGUUGAUCUCUGCGGAUCCGGGGUGCCGGAGACCAGACGAACAUGGGUCUUUGAUCCCAUCGACGGCACCCGGACCUACAUGAUGGGCCAGGUCUACGCGAUCAACAUUGCGCUGCUCGUCGACGGCCAGCAGAUGCUCAGCGCCGUCGGCGCCCCCAACACGUCCGUCAAUGCCCGGCGGCCGCUGAACAACCCGGACGUCGACCCUACCGACGGCGGCUGCAUCGCCUUUGCCGUCAAGGGCCGCGGCGCGUACGUGCGCCCGAUGCACGACCGCGCAGCCGCCGCCACACCGCCGCGACGACUCCCCAAGCUGCCCGCCGUGCGUCGCGUGCAGGACCUGCGCUUCGUGACCAGCCACGACAUGGCCGACUCGAUCCUCCCGGGCAUCCACGAGAAGCUGACGGCGCGGAUGGGCAUCGCCUUCCCCGGGUGCGACCUGCUGCCGUGGGUGCUGCGCUGGACCGCGCUGGCCAUGGGCCUGGGAGACACGACGGUGCAGGUGUACAAGGCGCGUGCGCGCCUUGGCAAGGUCUGGGACCACGCCGGUGCCGUGCUGCUCUUCGAGGAGACGGGUGGCCGCGUCACCGAUAUCGACGGGCGGCCGCUCGACUGGCUCGCGGGCCGCAAGUUCACGCGUAACUUUGGCUUCGUCGCGGCGCCGCCGGACAUCCAUGCGGAGGUCCUGCAGCAGGUGCACGACACGCUGCGGGAGAAUGGCCAUGCGGACAUGUUGGACGCGUAG